GAGCUGGUGAGGAGGAGAGCUCAGGAUCCGUGUGGACCACAGCUUGCUGCUGCAGCGGCUGAGGGGGGACGGACAUACACACAGGCCGGGCACGGUCCCUCAAACACACACACACAGACACAGACACAUCAUCAUUUUCUACAGCAUCAACAGACACUCAUUGCUGGUGAAGGAAACAGGAGCCGGUUUGCAGCCGACGGUUUGAACCACCUCCUGAAGACAGACAGCGGCUGAGAUCAAAUCCUCACAGUGUGGAUCCAGACUUCGUCACUCCGUUGACCGCCGUGAUCGUGUUGUUUAAUCUGGACAAAAGGUUUUCAUCGUCACACAGCCAACCAUGGACAGGAACAGGAAGUGGGUGCCUGGCUUUGGAGCCGUGCUACUGACACUCUUGAGUCACAUGACCUCAGCGCUGGAAGUGCCUCUUGAUCCUAAAGUACUGGAAGGAUUGCCCCAACCCCCCACUAUAACGCUACAGUCCCCGAAGGAUUACAUCUUUGAUCCGCGGGAGAACAUCGUCAUCCACUGCGAGGCCAAGGGGAAGCCUCAUCCCAGCUUUUCAUGGACAAGAAACGGGACCCACUUUGAUGUAGAGAAAGACCCCAAAGUCCUGAUGAAGCCCGGCUCAGGAACUCUGGUCAUUGACAUCAGCGGGGAAAAGGCUGAGGCCUAUGAGGGAACGUACCAGUGUACGGCACACAACGAGCACGGCACCGCCGUAUCCAACAGCAUUGUCAUCAGGCAGUCCAGGUCCCCCUUGUGGUCAAAGGAGAGAAAUGAGGCCAUCGUGGUGCAGAUGGGGGUCUCCCUGGUACUGCAGUGCCGGCCCCCUGCAGGGCUGCCCCCUCCCGUCAUCUUCUGGAUGGAUAACAACUUCCAAAGGCUACAGCUGGAUAAACGAGUGUCCCAGGCUCUGAAUGGAGACUUGUACUUUUCCAACGUUCUCCCAGACGACACCAGGAGUGACUACAUCUGCUACGCUCGCUUCCCUCACACACAAACCAUCCAGCAGAAGCAGCCCAUCUCAGUCACCGUGCUGGACAACAGCCCAGAGGGGGAGCGUCGCCCCGGUUUCAUGACGCCUCUGGGCACCACCAGCACCAAGAUGGUUCUGAGAGGGGAGACUCUGGAGCUGGAAUGCGUUGCUGACGGCUUGCCCACUCCAGAGAUCUCCUGGCAGAAGGAUGGAGGAGAGCUGCCGAGCAGCAGGAUGUCCUUUUAUAACUUCAAAAAAACACUCAAGGUUUCUGAUGUGAAUGAAGCUGACGGUGGGGACUACCGCUGUACUGCAACAAACAACCUGGGCACUGCACACCACGUCAUUAAGGUCACUGUCAAAGCUGCUCCUUUCUGGGUCAGCGCUCCCAGGAACCUGAUCCUCGCGCCGAAUGAGACCGGCAUCCUGACCUGUCGAGUUAGUGGAGAACCCAAACCCAAGAUUAGCUGGUUUGUCAAUGGAGUCUCCAUAGAGAACGCACCCGAGGACCACAGACGGAAGGUGGAUGAUGACACUGUGAUUCUUAGCAGUGUGCAGUCAGGGUCCAGCGCUGUCUACCAGUGUAACGCAUCCAAUGAAUUUGGUUACCUGAUGGCAAACGCUUUUGUCAACGUUCUUGCUGAACCACCAAGGGUGCUUACUCCACCCAACCGAGUGUACCAAGUCAUCACCAACAACCCUGCGUUACUUCACUGUGCCUCUUUUGGCUCACCAAUACCAAUCGUCACAUGGUUCAAAGACAGUCAGACCAGCGUUAAGAAUGGUGACCCUUAUGUGAUCCAUGAGAAUGGUACAUUGGAAAUUCAUGUGGCCCAACCACUAAACAGUGGGAAGUACACCUGCAUUGCCACCAACAUCCUGGGGAUCAAAGAGAACCAUGUCUACCUGGAGGUUAAAGAGCCCACCCGUAUCCUGAAGCAGCCAGAGUACAAAGUGGUGCAGAGAGGAAUGAGUGCUGUGUUCGAGUGUAAAGUGAAACACGACCCAUCCCUCAUCCCCGCCAUGACCUGGCUCAAAGACGAUGGAGAGCUGUCUAGAGAUGAGAGGUUUGAGGUCGAUGUGGACAGUCUGACCAUCAACGACGUGGCAGAUGAAGAUGAGGGCACCUACACCUGCAUCAUGAACACCACCCUGGACCAAGACUCAGCCAGUGCCAUGCUGACUGUCGUGGAUGCUACUCCUCCUCCAGCUAUUGUCUACGAGAAACCUGACCCUCCGACUGACCUGGAACUGACUGACCAGACAGAAAGGAGCGUUCAGCUCACCUGGAUCGCUGGAGACGAACACAACAGUCCCACACAGAAGUUUCUGAUCCAAUACGAGGAUCUGCUCCACCAGCCAGGAGUUUGGAUCAACCUGACGGAUGUUGCUGGUACUAGCACCACAGCGCAGUUAAACCUCUCUCCGUACGUUUACUACUCCUUCCGAGUCCUGUCUGAGAAUCGCGUUGGCUACAGCCAGCCUAGCCAACCCUCAAACCAAUACAGGACCAACCCUGCAGCUCCUGAUCAAAAUCCAUCAGCUGUUCAGGGAAUUGGAACACAGCCGGGCAAUUUAGUCAUCUCCUGGACAUCGCUGUCAGGGUUUCAGGCUAACGGGCCCAGUUUGGAGUACAAAGUGCAGUGGAGACAGAAGGAUGUGGACGAUCAUUGGUCCUCAAAGAAUGUGGCCAACGUUUCCCAGUUUGUUGUGUCUGGAACUCCAACCUACGUGCCAUACGAGAUCAAGGUUCAAGCUUUGAAUGAUUAUGGCAGUGGCCCAGAGCCUGGAAUAGUGAUUGGAUACUCUGGAGAAGACUUGCCUUUGUCUGCUCCUGAUAGUGUGCAGGUCAUGGUUCACAACAGCACACUCGCAGAAGUACACUGGGAGCCUGUUUCUUUCCCCUCAGUUAGAGGAAAACUGCAGGGAUACAAGGUAUAUUACCAACGCGAGCGCAGCUUGCAUGAGACAGAGGAGGACGCAGAGCGGAAGGAGCAGGUUUUGACGUUCAGUGGGAAUCGUAGCGAGGGACGUCUGCCAGGCCUCCAGCCUUACAGCCUCUACAACCUUACCAUCAGGGUCCUCAAUAACAAAGGAGAAGGGCCUCCUAGCACCAGCAAGACAUUUGAAACACCUGAGGGAGUCCCAGGGCCUCCUUCGUUUCUGAAUGUCGUAAAUCUUAGUUUGGACUCUCUCAGUCUGGAAUGGGGCCCACCAAUGAACAACAAUGGACGCCUCGCUGGAUACACACUGAAAUACCAACCAGUCAACACCACCAACGAUCUGGGGCCAGUCAAGAUCAUGAUGUUCAUGGCCAACGAGACCACCAUUACCAUGGGCAAUCUGAACUCCAGCAUGCUCUACAAGUUUCACUUAAGCGCAAAGACAAUCAAAGGCUCCGGCCCCAUCAUCACAAAGGAGGCCUUCACAGUGAUGGACACAACUCGUACUCAGCCCACUGUAGAGACGGGCAAAGGCCCUACAGAGCCCCCUCACCCAACCUCCCCCAUCACUCAGUCUCCGCAUCCCCCGUUUCACAAGGUGCCGCCUGUAGGCCCUGCGUUUGGCAAAGUUAACACGUCCAUGUUGGAGGGCGGUGCAGUGAUCAGUUGGGAUUACUUUGGACACCAUAAGAAUGUAUAUGUGGAAUAUAUUGUAGAAAACAGUAAAGAGGACUGGAAAAAGGAGUUGGUAAACGGUUCCCACUGGCAUAUGAUAAAAGGUUUAAAGCCGGGGACGUCCUAUAAGGUCCGUGUGGUAGCUAGAGACCCCGCUGACCCGACGGUCCACAGCACAGACGAAGUGUUGAUUGCGGUGCCAGCUGUACCCAGCCGGCAGGUAGACAUUGCAACCCAGGGUUGGUUCAUUGGACUGAUGUGUGCCAUCGCUCUCCUCAUCUUGGUACUUCUCAUAGUGUGCUUCAUCAAGAGAAACAAGGGUGGAAAGUAUCCAGUGAAAGAGAAAGAAGACGCUCACCAAGACCCAGAGAUCCAGCCUAUGAAGGAGGAUGAUGGGACAUUUGGAGAGUACAGAUCUAUGGAGAGUGACACAGAAGACCACAAGCCGCUAAAGGGCAGCCGGACGCCGUCCAACGGGACAGUGCGGCGCGACGAGAGCGACGACAGCCUGGUGGACUACGGGGAGGGCGGCGACGGACAGUUCAACGAGGACGGCUCCUUCAUCGGCCAGUACAGCGGCAAGAAAGAGAAAGACACACACGAAGGCAAUGAGAGUUCGGAGGCCCCGUCGCCCGUCAACGCCAUGAACUCGUUCGUCUAACGAAAGGGGCCUGCUGGCCUGGCUGCAACGGUUGCUACGGGCCACUCCUUGUCACCUUGGCAAAUGUGACCAUCCCUGUGGUGACAGUUGCUAAUGUGACAGUCGUUGUGGGCACCUACUUCUACCAUGGUGGCUGUCACUCCGGUGGCUACCUGUCACCAAGACUGCUGACACGCCCUCAACUCCACAACCGCCAGCCCCUGUCUGUCACACUGUGACCUCCUCGGAUCUACACACACUCAACAUGGCAAAGACACCACAUCCCCCAUAAUAACCAUUUAAAGAAGGUGUAAAGUGAGGGAUGCGAGGACUCAGAGAAGAGGGAAGGAGAGAGGAAGCAAUAUAGAAAAGCAGAAGGAAUGUACCAGAGAGUUUUACCACUCAGCAGAAGUGUGUGUGUGUGUGUGUGUGUGUGUGUGUGUGUGUGUGUGUGUGUGUGUGUGUUAGUGCCAUUUGAUCUCCUUUGCAAAGAUACUAAACACGAUGUAUCCAAAUAUAUAUUUUAUCAAAGUACAGUACAUGACCCGCAGGCAGGCAAAUAUGCAUUGAAUCACGUUCAUUAAAAUCUGCAUGGAGUAAAUCAUGAUUCUAUUAAGCAUUUGAACCCCCCUUUGAGCCGCGUGUUGAGACUGUAUAUGGUGCACGCCUACUAGCGACUGGGUAUUAUUGUUUUGUUUUUUCAGUCAAAGUGUUAAAUGGCGUAUGAUAUAUAGAGAAAAAAUGGCAGCGUUGUUCGACACUGCUGCGAAAAAGUGUGACUAAGUAGCUAGCGUACGUCUUUUUGAGACAGAUGAACUGUUUGUACAUAUGUAAUAGAAUAAGAAGAAAGCUAUAUUUCAAAGGUCGGGGUUGUCCAUUUGUAGUCAUUGGAAACCUGGCGAGGAAAACUUUAAACUUCGGUCACCAGCCAGCCAAACAGAACUCCCACACUUACUCCAAUCGGCCUGCUUUUAGCCUCAUGUGUUUUCAAGCUUGCUCUUUGCUUGCAUUUUUUUUUCCCUCUCCCAAUCUGUUCCUUUACACCAAGCCUAUGCUUCUUGCUACUGAGCACUCACUGAACACAUGCUGAGCUGUGUUGAUCCAGGUUCAUUGUCGAGUGCUUCCACCCCCCAAUCGUGGUAUUGUCAGAGCUUCCCCCGACCAUGUCUCCAAUAGCAUUUCCGCUUCCAGAAUGGCAGAAAGAGGAUGCAGUUACAUACAGUACAAUAAAUGCACCUGAACAGGGUUGAGUGGUACACUGGAUGUUUCGAUUUUGAUGAUCAAGAACCUCUCUGCACGGUUUCUAGUGCCUUCGUAGAUCUAUAGAGUUACAUCCCACUUCAUACACAGGACAGACCUGGGAUCAGUAGAGUUCUUAAGAGUCCAUGAAUACUUUCCAGACAGAAUACUACCCCAUAUUUCUCAAAAGACAACUUGGGAAAAAUAAGCUGUUUCAGAAUGUGGCCCUUUUAUUUUGAGCUAUAUGAUCACAAAGUAUGUAAAACAGUUUGUGGAACAUCCAUGUGGACUUAUUAACUUAAGACUGUGACUUUGGGGUCCAGGGUUCCUACACAGGGCUGAAAAAUCUUUUUAAAAAAUGGAUUUCAAAUAGGGCUGGGCAAUUUGGUGGAAACCAGAUAUCACCAUUUUUAUUUUUAAUACCUCUAUUAAUAUCGCCCACGAUAUUGUAAGGUUGACAAUUGAUGCUUUCACAAAAUAUUUACACAAUGAGAGAUUUGGUAAAUAAUUAUCAGUAAUGCUGAUAUGACUAAGUGGGUUCAUUCUGGAAAGUUCAGAAAAUGACAUCACUUUACUGUAAUCCAACCUUUAAAACCAGGAAAAGACAUUUGUGCCAAAUUACAAAAUCCAAAAUCUAAGACGAUAUCUAGUCUCAUAUCAAAAUAUCAAUCUAAUAUUGCCCAAUCCUAAUUAAUUUUUUUAAAUUUGUACACAGUUGUACACUGGCAUUAGUUGCGAGGUAUAAUUUUCUACAGAUUGUUGUAGCCUUGUUGACAAUCAUACACACAGUUAUCAUCCGCCUAUAUGAUAUACAAACAUACCGCAAAAUCAUACCAUCCAGCUAAGAAAUAAAAGAAAAUGUGUGAAAUAUUAAAAAUGCAGGAAACCUGAGAUCAGAGUGUGGACACCUCAUGAGAAGUCUUCAUGUGUUAAUUUCAAACAUUCUCCUCCUAACUGCUCCAUCAGCACUAAACUACUGCCAACCUACUCACCAGGGAACUGCCAACGGGAACCAGACUCACUUUCUGGUACAGACUACUAUUCGAGCGGGGCGCACUGUCACUGGUAGCACUUAGAAAUGAAGGGGUCGGAAAGUUGCGUAAUGAUACUGAAUGUGGAAACAAGUGUAUCUGUUUAUUUGAAUGAAAAAUAUUGCUUGUUUCACUGCAAAUGGUAAACACACUGGUGACUUUGGUUUAUGCAUUUAACCUUAUAUCUGUGUAUGUUGUCACGUUCUGAGCGCAGCACUUGGUAAGUUUUUCUAUUCCUGUAAAUGAAUGAAGCUUGUGUGUGAAUGUCUGGAUGCACAAAUGUGUGUGUGUCUGUGUGUGUUUGUGUUUGUGUGUGUGUGUGUGUGUGUGUGUGUGUGUGUGUGUGCGCAGCACAUGCAUGCUACAGUGUUACGGCGUGCGUGAUGUAUAAUAUCGCUUUUCCAUGGAUAAUGGUCUAUAAUUCUGAUGUGUGUGUCUACUCUCAACAGGAGAUCCAAGAGCUUUUUCUUUUUUUUUUAGACAUUUCCACAUCUUAGGUUCAUCAUAACUUGCAUCAAGUUUUUACGUUGCGAUGUCUCAGCUUUCCAUGUGUAGAUAUUUUUGUUGUAUUCUGUAAAUAACGGCUUGACUUGAGAGCAGAGGUCAAAGGUGAGAGCUUGACCUCAAUCAGCCCCGCUGCAUUAUGGGUAGGAGGGUGUUGUGUGAGAUGAGACCGAUGAGACUAUUUACAGUUUUCACUCAUUCAUUUGCUGUGAAAUUUCUUUUUAUUUCUUUACUUUUAUUUGAACUUGUCAGGUGAAUUUGCUAGCUCAAAUGUUUAGCCUAUCAGGUAUCAAAGGAGAUUAUUUAACUUGUGACUGAGCUCUUGUGGCACCUGUAUUGUUUCUGUCUCUGACAGUUCAUGCACCUUUUCUGUAUUUUAUAUAAAAAAGCACUCGCUUAUACAGGAUAUGACAUUUCAAACACAUCCGUGCAUCUAGUUUACGACAACAUCUGGUGUCUGAAUGCUGGAAAACUUGUCCCAAACUAGACAUCACAUGAAACUGCCACAUCCUCUUUAAGAGUGUGCACCUAAAAAACUAAUAAAAAACAAAACUGUGAUUUGGAGCAUACAGACGGAUGGACGGAUAAGCGGACUGGCACAUAGGAGUGUGAAUACCCAUGGAAGCAAUGUUCUAGUGACUGGUGGACAUACAGUAGGAUAUACAGUAUAUGAUAUAAUAUGACAUUCUGGUUAAUGUUGAAGCUACAUGAGAAGCAUGAAAGGCUGUCGAAAUGGUUUACUCUACAAUAUAAUAUUGCAAAAAUAUUUUGUAUUUUAAAUGAAGUUUAAAAAAAAUGAAAUAAAUGUUGGUUUCAGGA